AUGAGCAGAGUGCCAGAAGCGCCGCUCCACGGCCGCCACAACCCGACGGCGCCGCUCCACGGCCGCCACAACCCGACGGCGCCGCUCCAAGGCCGCCACAACCCGACGGCGCCGCUCCAAGGCCGCCACAACCCGACGGCGCCGCUCCACGGCCGCCAAAACCUGACGGUAGUCCUGGGCGUCCCGGCGGAGACCCACCGGUACCAGACCCUGCUGGUCCGACCCCGCCUCAGCACCGCCGACCAGGAGACCGGCCUCCCCCCGGCUCCAGCGCCGACCCGACCUCCAGAGACCUCCAGAAAUCCCAAGAGACCCCCAGAGACCUACAGAGACCUCCAGACACCCCCAGAGACCUCCAGAGACCUCCAGACACCCCCAGAGACCUCCAGAGACCCCCAGAGACCUCCAGACACCCCCAGAGACCUCCAGAGACCCCCAGAGACCUACAGAGACCUCCAGACACCCCCAGAGACCUCCAGACACCCCCAGAGACCUCCAGAGACCCCCAGAGACCUACAGAGACCUCCAGACACCCCCAGAGACCUCCAGACACCCCCAGAGACCUCCAGAGACCUCCAGACACCCCCAGAGACCUCCAGAGACCUCCAGAGACCCCCAGAGACCUCCAGAAAUCCCCAGAGACCUCCAGAGACCCCCAGAGACCUACAGAGACCCCCAGAAACCCCCAGAGACCCCCAGAGACCUACAGAGACCUCCAGACACCCCCAGAGACCUCCAGAGACCCCCAGAGACCCCCAGAAAUCCCCAGAGACCUCCAGACACCCCCAGAGACCUCCAGACACCCCCAGAGACCUCCAGAGACCUCCAGAGACCCCCAGAGACCCCCAGAGACCCCCAGAAAUCCCCAGAGACCUCCAAACACCCCCAGAGACCUCCAGAGACCUCCAGAGACCCCCAGACACCCCCAGAGACCCCCAGAGACCUACAGAGACCUCCAGACACCCCCAGAGACCUCCAGAGAACCCCAGAGACCCCAGAGAGGCAGAACGUCCCUGA